UGUAUUUCGUAUAGUUUCUACUGAAAUACGUUUGCACAUUUUAGCCACAUACAUUGAGUGGAUCUUAACUGCUGUUGAGUCUUUUUUUGAAGAUAAUAUAUCAAGUAUAUCUUUUACAUCAUCAGGUGAUAGGAUUCGCGAACGUCCAGAUCUUUCUCGAUCUUUGACCUCUCCUGUUUCCUCUUCUCUUUUAGAAGUUUUAGAUACCGUUGAAGACCCAAUACCAAAUUUUAUCCCUAUUUCUCAUGUUGAAAAAUUCAACUUCCUCAAUUGGAUAAUUCUUUCUCGGACUUCCACAG